UAGUAACAGACAGUCAAAAGCUCGUAUUGAACCGUGAAACGAAGUUUAAAAAGUGGCAUAUCAGCUGAUCUGCUUGCAGAUCAUCUCAACAUUCGUUUCUUUAGAGCUGCAAAGUACGGGCCUGCGGAAGAACUAAAAAGGAUGAUUGUGGAGGACAAGGUGAACGUAAACCAGAAACACCCUCUGGGAUGGACUGCCCUGCAGGUGGCCAUAAUCAACAAUAAGAUGGCCAACGCCAAAGUGUUGCUCACUGCUGGAGCUGACCCUAACAUACCCGACGACUUCUCUAACGUCAACAAGGUGGCUGCAGCCAAGCGUCUCUAUACGCUUGACGUGUUGCAGAAACGGGAAGAUGAGUUCAGUGACCAGUUAAACCACCGGGCAACAUUUAGCGGCUUCACGGCUCUCAUGUAUGCGGUGCUCAUGGACAACACUGCUGCAGUCCAGUUGCUGCUGGAGAACGGAGCAGACCCUACCCUGGAGAACGAGAUCGGAAUGAAAGCACGUGGUUAUGCCACCAACAACAACCAGAUACAGAACAUGCUCAAGGAGUAUGAAGAGAAGUUCGAGGAGCUGCAGAGGCAGAAGGCUAUAGAGGAGCGGAGGAGGUUUCCUCUAGAGCAGAGGCUCAAGCAGAACAUCGUCGGCCAGGAAGGACCUAUUGCCAUUGUAGCAUCUGCGGUGAGACGAAAAGAAAACGGUUGGGCAGAUGACGAGCAUCCUCUGGUGUUUUUGUUCCUGGGAUCGUCAGGGAUUGGCAAGACUGAGCUCGCAAAACAGCUGGCGCACUACAUCCACAAGGACAAAGUCGACGCGUUCAUCCGCUUGGACAUGUCUGAGUACCAGGAGAAACAUGAGGUGGCGAAGAUGAUCGGUGCGCCGCCUGGGUACGUGGGCCAUGACGACGGUGGACAGCUGACCAAGCGGCUCCGUAAGUGUCCGGAUGCUGUUGUACUGUUUGACGAAGUAGACAAGGCACAUCCCGACGUACUCACAGUCCUGCUUCAGCUGUUUUGA